UGAGCAGAAGCCGCUUGGGAUUAUUUUGCUGCAAGAGCUUGGUGCUGCAUUGAGCCACACUACACGACGCCAUGAGGGAGAGGAGAACUCCUCAGCCAGUGGUGGCCCGAUGCAAGCUAGUUCUGGUGGGGGAUGUCCAUUGUGGGAAGACUGCCAUGUUGCAAGUGUUGGCCAAGGACUGCUACCCGGAGACUUAUGUGCCCACAGUUUUCGAGAACUACACAGCGUGCCUGGAGACAGAGGAGCAACGGGUGGAGCUCAGUCUAUGGGACACCUCUGGCUCCCCCUACUACGACAAUGUGCGCCCCCUGUGCUACAGUGACUCCGAUGCCGUCCUGCUCUGCUUUGAUGUCAGCCGCCCAGAGACCAUGGACAGUGCGCUGAAGAAGUGGAAGACGGAAAUCUUGGAUUACUGUCCUAGCACCCGUGUAUUGCUUAUUGGCUGCAAGAUAGACCUGCGCACUGACCUCAGCACCCUGAUGGAGCUGUCCCACCAAAAGCAAGCCCCUGUCUCUUAUGAACAGGGCUGUGCUGUGGCUAAGCAGCUCGGAGCAGAAACCUACCUGGAAUGUUCGGCCUUCACCUCGGAGAAGAGCGUCCACAGCAUCUUCCGGACAGCUGCAUCCCUUUGCCUCAGCAAGUCUGGCCCCCAGCCCCCCAAGAGCCCAGCCCGAAGCUUCCCCAAGAGACUCCUCCGCUUGCCCAGCCGAUCUGAGCUCAUCUCUUCCACUUUCAAGAAGGAGAAAGCAAAGAGUUGCUCUGUCAUGUGAAGGGCCGCCCACUUCUGGGAGCAGGGGGUGUUGGUGUUGGUGGAACCAUUGUGGACCUCCGGGCCCUCCGAUUGGCCCUUCCGGGGUGGGAUGUGGGGGGGAGGGAGUGCU